AUGAACAGCUCCGAUCUCUGUGAAAAUGCAGCCGUCCUCUCAAAUAGCAUCACAAUGAAAGUUAUCUUAAUCGUACAAUCAUUUGGAUGUGCCGGCUGCUUUAUUACGAUGCCUAUGGUUUUUCGAAAGCGGGGGCUACGAUGGCUGGUCCAUCACAAUACCCGUCUCCUCUUCGGGUUUCAUAUUUUCUUCACAUGCCUAGCCAACGCCGUCUUUCUCUUUAUUCACGUUUUUGAUAUUUAUAGAUUGUAUUCAACUUAUUACCCAGUUGAAUAUGAGCGAACGAAAUCGUACCGUUUUGGGGUAAUUUUGUUGUUAGUUACGAUUGUGCUCUCCUUCCUCUUCUCAUAUACCCUACUCGCACCGGGAAGUCAAUGGGAUCGCAGCGUAGUCGCAUUCACCGUGCGCUCCGCGGAAAACGAGGACCGAUAUCAGGUGAUGAUGUACGCCGAGGUAAUUCCUGAGGUUCUAAUAAUCUUCAUAUUCAACGUAACUCUAUAUGUUAAUAUUCGAAAGCUAGCUCCAAGAAAAAUUCUGGCACUUUCAAAUCGCUACCAAAUUGAAGAAAACAAGAAAAUUAUCAUCAUCCUGCUCCCUAUAUUCUACAUUCACUUUGUCUUCUUUUUUAUUACUUCUUUUGGCUUAUCAAUAUUCUACGUGAUCUUUCCUUCCGGCACUACCGUAACGCAUACGAUGUUUUUGGAAGCCGUUUGUAUAAUUCCCUUCUAUGGUUCAAUUAUGCCGAUUGUGCUGGAAAUGACAUUACGUGCAAGAACGAAACAAAUUGAGGUCAUCCAAAAACAUGCGGAAGGCGAGAUGUACUUCAAUACUUUAAAUAACGCCUGGAAUCGUCCCUCCAUUGCAGAGCCAAAACCUGCCAUCAGGGAAAAGGCAAAGUUAUCACUUUCUACCAAA